GCACCAUUCCCACUCGACAUCCCAAUUAGCGUGCCUGCGAUCGGGCUUUCCCGACAUGACCACUGCCAGACCUCAUCGCUUGUUGUGGUCACCUCACCCAAACCACAAUCAGUUUCUGCUUGGCUCAACUGAGCUACGUCUCUUUCAGUGGACACCGGAGGAUUCAGAAGGCAAACCUCAUGCUACACCUAUUGCAGUCAACACUGAUGUGUCCUUAAUGAAGUGCUUUACAUGGUCGCCAGACCCGAACUACUUGGAUCUGACAGCUGUUGGAUUGACUACUGGAAGGACGCUUCUUAUUCGCAUGCACAGAUCAGAGCCAUGGGUUUUUGAAAAUCAAGGGAAUGAGUUUCGUCCAGAUACGCCCAGACAAGUAUCUGUAGCUCAGAAUCAGAGAACAUAUCCUUCAUUCAGCGCUCGUCACUCAAGAGCCUGUAAUGUUGUGGCAUUUUCAAAAGAACUGCCUAAUUUUCUAGCGGUUGGCUUGGAUAAAGUACGUAAUGACUAUUGUCUGAUGGUAUGGGAUAUUGGGCAGUCCACGCCAGCACCAUCAGAAUCGAACUAUGCUCCAUCUGGACCUAUCACAGCUAGCCACCGCUCAACUACAGGGAGCUUUCAAACUUCGAGAUUCGGAAGAGGAUCGGACAUUGCUGAGGGCUACUUUGACACUCGUCUAUCUAUGAAUCCACUAUCGCUUGCGGAAAACACUGGAACCGCACGAGCCUUGAAUGCUAGCAGUUUUGAUCACUCUGGCAGUAAAGAGGCAAUGCGGCAAUACGGUUCCAGCGAAGUCAUCUCUUCCUGUGCUUGGUUCACACGUGCACCUAGAGUGCUAGCGGCUGGAAUGGGUAUGAAGUACAUUCGGGUUUACGAUACCAGAGAGGAUGCUACAUCUCCAUCAUCUCUGGUAAUUUCAACAAAAGCUGUUCAUGGGCUCUGUAUGGAUCCUUUCCAUGAAGAUCGGAUGGCUUCAUGCACAGACGACGGCAACAUCCAGAUCUGGGAUGUCCGCAAAGCCUCACAACCAAUUCUUUCAUUCGAUGCUGGUCCACAAAAAUCACCUUUGGUCCGAAUACAGUUUAACCCACAACGGUCCGGACUGAUUGCUUCAUUAGCCAAGGAAGCAUUAUGUUUGAAAGUUUGGGACAUUCAAGAAGGAACAGUUCGUGCUCCAAGGAGUAUUUCUAGGAUGGACAGUAAUCAUAACUUGGAGGCUAAUUUACAACAAAGCUCAGGAAGCACGAGCGGCUUACUAUCAAGAUCUCAUGACAGAGAAGGUCUGCAGACUGUCCGAGAAUCAGAGUCGGACGAGUUAGAAAUUGGGGUCCCAAUCCUAUGGAAAUCGCGUCGAACAAAGCCCUCUUCAAAAUCGCUUCAAUCAUUCGCCUGGAUCCCAUCCUAUGUAUCCAAUUCGACUUCAGGGCUCAUCUCAAUCAAUAAGGAGUCGCUCAUCGAAACUACUGUCCUCAAAGAGACGUCUCACAUCGCUUGGGAGCCCAGAGGUGCGUUAGUGGUGUCGGACGGAAACAAAGUUUCUUGCUUCCCAAGCCAGCGUUCACUCAAUGCAACCACUGCAGAACCAGCUCCACAGCUGCCGUUUUCAGAAAUGCGGAAGCGCAAUUCCAAAAUCCUUAAUCUACAACUUCCAGCUAACAGAAAAGUGAAUGGAGAAUCUCCUUCAGAUGGUAGUUCUAGCAACCCCCCACCACCGAUCAGCGUUAUGCUUCCUGGUGGCCAUCCAGCGCCAUUAAGUACGGAAGCUUCUAAAGUGAAUGGCAUUGCUAAUGGCGUUGCAGAAUCAACGCGAAGGCUUCCACUGACUACCGUAGUCAAUAACGGGUGGUCCUCAGCCACUGCUGCGCAGGUGGAUGUUGGAUUAGAAGAGGAUGUUUCAGUCACAAUGCGGGAAGGUGCUAUCAAAGGAUAUUCUAUGGAUGCCGCUGCAAAUCUCGGCUUGGUUGGGGCGGGAGCGCUUAAAGAUUUUUGGGCUUGGAUGCUACGUGCAGAAAGGAUUGCUCAAAGGGAUGGUGCACGUAUCGGGAAGUUUGAUUUUAGCUAUCAAGGGGUCUUGCCAGUGCUUCUAGGAAAUGGAGUAUCAAGGAGGUCUACACCUUCGAGCACUCCUCGCACGAUGUCACCUCUACCACGCGCCUCCUCUGAUCUAUCUACGCAACUCUCGAAGCAGGCGGAUGAAAUUCCUAUCGUCCCUACUUUGAAGUUGGCUCAGCGUAAGCUCGGUUUAAAGCUUUGUGGAUCAGAGCUACUCCGUUCCGACCUUAAAAGAACAGUUGAAAGGUUGGAGGAUGAAGGAAGUUACGAGGUUGCUGCGGGAUGGGCAUUCUUUCAUGGCGAGCUGGAUCUCGCCAUCGAAGUCCUUGGUCAUGGAGAUGACAAACUCAAAUUGAUGUCGAUUGUUGUAGCUGGCUUCAAUAAAAACCACAUUAACACACCGUCAGUUGGACUCGGGAUGAACAACGAAAAAGCGUCAAAUAACACAUGGAGAGCACAAUGCAGGAUUCACAGCCAAUCUCAAUCGAACCCAUAUAUUCGAGCCAUUUUUAGCUAUAUCGCUUCAGGUGACUGGCGAGAUGUAUUAGAAGAAAAGAGCUUGUCGCUUGCUGAUCGUGUGGGGGUUGCGUUAAGGUUCUUGAGUGAUGAUGAGUUAAUGGCCUAUAUCCAAUCUACGGCAGAGACGCAUAUAAAUGCAGGGGAAAUCGAUGGUAUUAUCCUUACUGGACUUACAGAGACGGGUUUGGACUUGUUCACUAACUAUGUUAACCGUACAGGCGAUAUUCAGACAGUUGCACUGGCAUCUUCUGUCGCGGUACCUCGGUAUUUCAAAGAUCCACGUGUUGAAGAGUGGGUUGAGGGGUAUCGGGAUUUACUCGAUCGCUGGCAGCUUUACUAUACACGGGCACGUUUUGAUAUCGCUCGAGGACGGUGUAUACAGCAGAGCACCUUGAGCGGUGUGUCUGCAGCUGACGUGACGCCGACCCAGAUUUACGUUCGCUGUAACUUUUGCAACCAGAGCAUUGCAAGGAAUCUGCUCAUUCCUGGAGUACGCGGCCGUGAUGGCCGUCGCUUACUGGUUCAGGGAAGCGGUGGGCCAGGAAUAAGCGGACAUGGCAGCGCCCUGCAUGGCCAUGAUAAACAAGGAUCCAUGGGCGGAGGGAUGGGAGGUCAAAGUGCAGGGGGAAUUCCUGGAGGUGCGCCUGGAUCAGGACCCUCUACCAGCUCAAAGGCCGUUGUGUGUCCCAGUUGUAGCAAACCGCUUCCUCGAUGUGCCAUUUGUUUGCUUCAUCUUGGUGUACCAGCAGAAGGCAACGCAUCACUGGGUGCAUGGUCUAGCCUUGGCCAUAAAGUAACUGGCGAAAAACCGACGAGUUUUGAUUUAUGGUUCACUUGGUGUCAGACUUGCCGGCACGGUGGUCAUGCUAUGCAUAUGGCAGAAUGGUUCGACCGACACACACAAUGUCCUGUCAGCGACUGCAACUGUCUUUGUUCCACUCAUGAUGCCCUGUAAUUUAUCAUCAAGUCCUUUUUUCAAUUAUUUUGCAGAAAGAGCCACAACAUAAUAAGGAAAGA